AUGGGAAUUCAUCCGAACACAGCUGUUUAUCACUCCCUAAUUAAGGGCUUUUGUUUAAAUGGUGAUAUGAUUAAAGCCAAGGAGCUAGUUUCUGAAAUGGUGAACAGAGGAAUUCCUCAUCCUAACAAUGUGUUCUUCAAUUCAAUAAUAAACAUACUAUGCAAAGAAGGAAGGGUCAUGGACGCACAUGAUAUCUUUGACUUGGUUAUAGACAUAGGUGAGAGGCCUGAUACUAUUACAUUUAAUUCACUGAUCGACGGAUAUUGCUUAGUCAGCAAGAUGGAUAAAGCAUUCGGAAUGCUUAAUGCCAUGGAAUCAGUUGGUGUUGAACCUGAUAUUGUUACUUACAGUACACUUCUUGAUGGCUAUUUUAAAAAUGGAAGGAUCAAUGAUGGUUUGAAUCUGUUUAGAGAAAUGUCGCGUAAGAGAAUUAAACCUGGUACUGUUACAUAUGGCAUCAUGUUGGAUGGGUUGUUUCGUGCUGGGAGAACUAUUACUGCAAGGACAAUGUUCCAUGAGAUGAUCGAAAGUGGAAUAACAGCGGACAUCUCCACAUACAAUAUAGUUCUUAGAGGACUUUGUAGAAAGAACUGCACAGAUGAAGCAAUCGCCCUGUUCCAGAAAUUAGGUGCAAUGAGUGAAUUUCAAUAA